CUAUGACGCGAUCGUUCGAGCAAGCGUCUGAUUGGCUGGUUGGCGCUCUUCGACAGACAACAGUAAACAUGGCGCAGGAACCCUGGAAUAAAGUACAUAUUCCGUUUCCAAGCGCUAUGUCUUCGUGUCGAGUCGAAUUUACCGACUCAACGGGUGUCCUAGUGGAAUGUCUGCUUGCUGACUGUGAGAAAGUGUUGACACUUUUACGCAGUGAAGUUUUGCAGACAGAAAUCCGUGUGUUGUAUGAACUACUUUACGUCUUGAACAAUAGCUUCAGACAACACAAGCCAUUCCGGGCAUUAAAGCAGGUUGAACAAUGCAUAAACCGUUUGAAAGAGAUGAAUUUACAAGCAGCAAUAGAGGACCUGAAGGAACUGUGUCCUAAAAACAUUCAGAGUGAAGCUGGAACAGAGGUUGGGGAUUGUGAUGUUCCCAGUCAGCCUAUGUUGGAGUGGCUCUGUCUCAAACUACUUGGUGCCUCCAGCUUGUUGGCUCGAACACUGGAGCGGUGCAUGCAAGCAUUCCUACGGACACGACAACACUUGAAGCUGGCCGAAUUCAUUGUCCUGAACGUAGUGAUAACCAGCAUGCUAAGUCGUCUGUGGGUGUUCUUCAGAGGCAUUUUGAGAGUCCUCAUUCCCAUGUACAGUAGAACCACUGAACUUAUAAAGAACGUGGCCCAGUCUAAGCCCAUGGCCUACCUGACAGACUUCACUCUGCCUGCGGACCUGAAAGACUUCCUGUUCCUGUCAUACCCUGAUCUGCUUAUAGAAGAUGACUCUACAAAACCUUCAUGGUCCUCAAGAAGAAAUAAAAAGUCCCAGUUUUCAGUCCUUACCAGACUGUUUGGGGACACAGAAGAGGAGGAGAAGGGAGAAAAGGACACAGAGAUGCAAGUAUUCGCUUCUGGUCACUAUAAAGGCUUUAAUAUGGACUUGGGGACAGCAAUUUCACAACAACGACCAGAAAUUUCCUCCUGUGUACUGGACAUAAAGGCAAUGCUUCAACAACCCUGUAAAACAACAAAACAGAUUCUGUCUCAUGAACCACGACAAAAAUUGGGCAUCUCAAGCCAAGCUGGAGUCUGUCAGAAGAGGAAGUUCUUGAACUCGGUGAGGAAGGUCUCCUCCUUCAGAGACAUGACGGUCCAGCUGAAGGAAGUAAUACAUUGGUGCAAGAGCUCUAAGUUUCAUCAAGAGCGUAAACGGCUGUCCUUCUUAUUCCUCAAGUGUUUGAGAAUGGAAAGUCUGGAAGCUGAUAGCAUCAGGGUGGAGAAAAGAUUGAAGAAAUUUAAGGUCAAAGUUCGAAAGGCGUUGAUGCUUCAGAAGAACUGUUCCAGUACCUUUGCUCCUUUUCGAAGAUCUCAGUGGCACCACAGAACCUCCAUUCGAUCAUUCAUGGUACACUACAGAACCUGCAGACGAGGAUCGAUGUGUGUCAAGAUGUCCUCUAAAACGGUUAAAAACUUGUUUGGUAUGCCAUUGAAGAACAAGAGGAACUGCAGACCAGUGGAUCAAAACAAAGAGAUAUCUGGACAUAAUGAGGCACCAACUCAUGAGGAGGAAAAACUGCAAUCACAGACUGUCAUGCAGAAACCAAUUAACUUAAACAAGGAUGACAUUGAUGAUAUUUUUGCAUCUAUUGGAUUUUAGUUUCUUCGUGUUGGAACACUAAAAUAAUGAAUUCUUUUUUAUAUAAAAAAAAUGUAAGAAGAAAAACUGACAACACAAUCAUGUAAAAACAAAAAAUAAAAUUCUAGCUAAAAUCUAUUACAUUUCACAUGUAGUCAAUUCAUAUUUUGUCCUAAUUUAUUUUUUCUUAAACCCUAAAGGAAAAUUAAUUAGCAAAAUAAACAAAAAAGGUCAACACAAGAUUUAUAAGUAGAACACUAGUAUUUCUUGCAUAAGAAUUUCAUUAAUGUAAAAUAUUUUGAACAAAUGUAUAUGAAAUUACAGAUUACAAUGAUUUGUGCUGGACAAGUAGUUGUUUAACAUGCACAUUUAGUUUUCAAGCAAGAGUACUAGUUUAAUUCUGAGACCAUGCCAAUGAGGAAGUCGUCUUGUUGUCACCCUGCUAAGUGAAACUGCUGCACAUAUCUGAUAAACACAUUCAGAAAUAGUCUGAGGUUGAGAAAAUAAUGUACAAAAAGGUUUCAGUUGUUUCUCUGUUUAUCAGUGUUUGCUUCUUUAACCUUGUUAGAUGUUACAGAAAUAUUUUUGGGUCUGUUUUCAUGGCAUUUAAGUUGUUUAUCUGAUGUUUGAUGAUUGCACAUCAGUAGGUUUACAAAAAUAUUUGUACAUGUAUACUUGAACUAUAGCAUGCAUCAUGAAACUCAACGAACUUAGUAUAUACUAAUAAUGGAGAGGACGAGGCAGUGGCACACAGACAAAAGGAAAUUAAAAAAUUAUUUCAAAACCUUUGAAAAAACAACUGUGUUAGUUAUUAUGCAUAAACAUAAUAAUGUUUGCUUAUUUCUUUUUUAAAUAUUAGAAAAUUAUAAAUUAGGAGAAUCAGGGCAACUUUAAUUUUAAUAUAACACAGCAAUAUUACUUUCGGCCCACCGCCCUCAGUCAUGUUUGAUUUUUGGUCCAUGGUAGAAAAAAUAUGGUAUAGAUGGUUUCAGCAUUAACAAAAUAAACAAACCGCUUUCGACAAACGUAUCUUAUGGUAAACUCCACAAAGAAUCAAUAACAACAGAGUCCUCUUAGAGUAGUUUAGGUUUGAAAAACAAUUCAUGGAUCACCACUAUUUGAAGGAAGGUUUGGCAGCUUAUCUGUAGUUAAGAUUGCAUACAUUAUAUAGUACACAUUUCACACAGUAAUGUAAUUGUACAAAAUUAUGAUUUUGCCAGAAUCUUGCAGCCCUAUAAUAAGGUAUUUUGAUAUUAUUCCAUUAAACAUAUUAAAAAACUACUGAAAAUGAGCAAAUGUA